AUGUAUCGUCAAAUCCUAGUGAGUGACGCCGACCACCUCUGCCAGCGGAUUCUGUGGCGUUUUGAUCCCCGCGAAGCAGUGCGAGAGUACGUCUUGUCAACGGUGGUCUAUGGACUAAGUUGUAGCCCAUACUUGGCUAUUCGCGUGUUGCAUCAGCUUGCUAGGGACGAAGGAGCGCGUUACCCGUUAGCAGCCCGUCUCCUAGAUUGCCAAACCUACAUCGACGACAUUAUCGGAGGAACAGACUCGUUGGAGGAAGCCCGUGAGUUGAGGGAUCAAUUAGUAUCGCUGCUAAAGCUCAAUAACUCCUCCGAGUUAUUGAGUUCACUCCCCGCUUCACAUCAUCAACCCGUUUCCCUCUGCGGAGACGACAAUCCCAGUUUAAAGGUGUUGGGAUUGCAGUGGUGUCCCUUACGGGAUGUGUUCUCCUACCGCAUCCAAGUAGCGGAUAGGACGUGCAUAAAAAGGAAUAUUUUGUCGCAAGUAGCCCAAAUAUACGAUCCCCUAGGUUUUUUAUCCCCGGUCGUGUUGACUGCCAAAAUUCUGCUACAGAGGCUUUGGUCCCAGGGCGUCGAUUGGGUUGCACCUCCCCCGCGCGACAUAUUCGAAGGUUGGAGUUCGUUUUCGUCUCAGCUGGACAGUCUUUCUGGGCUGACAAUCCCUCGUCGGGUACUGCCUAGCAAUGGCGUCCAGGUGAAAACGCACGGAUUUUGUGACGCCUCGGAGCGCGGAUACGGUGCCGCCGUGUAUUUGCGAAGCGUCAGAGAGGACCAUAUCUCUGUCACCCUUCUGUGUGCAAAGAAUCGGGUAGCGCCUUUGAAACGAGUGUCGAUCCCCCGUCUGGAGUUGUGCUCAGCGUUGCUGCUCGCCCAACUCGUAGAUUUCGUCCGAUCCACUAUAGCCUCUGAGUUGACUAUCACGAGAGUAUUCGCCUGGAGUGACUCCAAAAUUGCGUUGUCUUGGAUAAAGUCCUCCCCCCACAGAUGGAAAACUUUUGUGGCCAAUCGCGUGUCCCUCAUUCAGGACAUCAUUUCCCCCAGUUCCUGGCAUCACGUCGCCGGUUCAUCCAACACUGCUGACUGCGCAUCCCGAGGGCUUUUCCCCGAGCAAAUAUUAAUUCACCCUUCUUGGUUCUGUGGUCCCCCUUGGUUGCGUCUUCCGGUGGAAGAGUGGCCCACCUCCGACUUCACCCCCGGAGACGAUCUGGAACUGGAACGUAAGCCAGUGUUGACUUCUGUGUCCACCCCUUUAGUUGACUCGCUAGGAGAACUGUUAACCUGUUUCUCGUCGUUACGAAAAAUUGAGAGGAUCCUGGCUUAUUGUUGUAGGUUUCUAAAUAAUUGUCGUACCCCCGUUCCGAAGCGAGCGCUUGAUAAUUUGUCUUUUGCGGACACGUACCGCGCCCGCACGUUGCUGACAGGAUACGUCCAACGUGAGGUGUUCGCCGGUUUGUUGAAGUGUCUUCGAAACGGUAAACUGUGCCCCAAACCUUUACGCUCCCUAUCGCCCUUUAUCGACGAGCACGGUCUCAUUCGAGUCGGUGGCAGACUCCGAGGUUCUGCGUUGUCUUUCGACGCAAAACAUCCUCUUCUACUACCUCGAGACCAUCGCUUUACCGAACUCGUGACCGAAAAGUUCCAUUAUGGAAAAUUGCUACCCGGGCCCCCAAUCGUUGUUGUACCAGAUUUCACAACACGAGCAAUUCGUCACACCCUAUCGCAGUGUUACCGAUGCUUCCGUGUCCAACCUUCUUGUGUACAGCCAUUCAUGGCUGAUUUACCCCCCGUUCGUGUAUCACAAAUCAAGCCAUUCGCGCAUACCGGUGUCGAUUUCGCCGGUCCAAUUUCCAUUACCCUUGCGCGAAGGCGCGGCGCUAAGACUCAAAAGGCUUACAUUUGCCUAUUCGUUUGCAUGGCUACCAAAGCCAUCCAUUUGGAAUUGACUUCUGAACUCAGCUCAGACGCAUUCUUGGCCGCUUUUCGGCGCUUUGUCGCUCGCCGCGGGCGUUGCACUGACAUGUAUAGUGAUCAGGGUAGAAAUUUUGUCGGUGCUAACCGGUUGUUGGUACAGUAUUGCCAGCAGUCCGCCGACCAGUGUGAGGUGCGCUGGCACUUCAACGCACCCUCCAGUCCUCACUUUGGAGGUCUUUGGGAGGCCGGCGUCAAGUCGGUAAAGACCCAUUUGUUUCGUGUCCUGACUUUCGAGGAAAUGUCGACAGUGUUAGCUCAGGUGGAAUCCAUACUGAAUUCCCGCCCAUUAUGUAGUUUGAGUUCCAACCCAAACGAUUUGCAUAGCCUUACUCCUGGGCAUUUUCUGAUCCUGGAGCCCCUAUCUGCCCCUCCCGACGACACUUUAGCAAAUCUGAACACUAACAGACUCACUCGUUGGCAGCUCAUGCAGCAGUUGCAUCAGCACUUCUGGGACAGAUGGCAUCGGGAAUACCUCCACCAGCCGCAGCAACGGCACAAGUAG